ACGUGCAGCGGUGCAGCGAUGAAGCGCGCGAAAGCGAUCGUCAAAGAUCUGAAUGAGAAGACCCGCUUUUUAUUACAGAGGGAUCUCAGCAAACUCUUAAACAGCUGCAGAAGAACAACAGGAAAGUUGGAAGACACUAUAAAGGCUCUAAAGAAUGAAUAUGGGAAGAAGGACGCAUUAAAAAAGAUCAAGAGCAUGCUGAAGAAAAUCAGGAAAAAAAAGAAUACGAAACAUGCGAAAAGAUGUGGUGACAACAUUCAAACACAUUCUGGACACAUGCAUAAUAAUCUUUCCCAACAUAAUAAUAAUAAUUCUAAUAAUAAUAAUAAUAAUUCUGAAUCACUCGGACAACUGUCGAUUCAGACCCCAAAUCAGUGUAACUUCACAAUUGACCAGAAGGAUGGUUGUACAGCACUUGCUCCAAACAUGUUAGGAAACAUCAUAAAUGGUGACGUUAACAUGAGCCUAAAUAUGGUGUCUCAGGCUACCUCAGUAAACAAAUAUGAAGUUCUUCAGAACGUAAAGAAUGAAAUGAAAUCAAGAAUGAUGGAGGACUCUGAGAGGAUUUUGCAAGGAAUUGCACAAAAGUCUGUCUCCAUAAACAAGAUCUACACACAAUUGUUCAUCAUCAAUGACGAGUCGGACCCCAUCAACAGAGAACAUGAGAUCUGGCAGAUCGAGACGACGCAUGAUUUAAACACAUCAGCGCAGACGGUCAUCAACUACAAUCAAAUCCUUCGACCGCCUGUAAGCGAGAACAGAAUCAUGAAGACCGUUUUAACUAAAGGAAUUGCUGGAAUUGGGAAAACGUUCACCGUGCAGAAGUUUGUCCUCGACUGGGCAAGCGGAGAAGCCAAUCAAGAUCUAGACUUUGUGUUUCUGCUCCCGUUCAGAGAGCUGAACUUGGUUGAGGGAGAAAAGAGUCUUUUUGACCUGAUUUGUGUGUUUUACCCUGAGUUUAGAAAGGCGAGAGAGAUCCCUGAAUGGAUCUGUGAUAGGAAAGUUCUGUUUAUCUUAGAUGGUCUGGAUGAAUAUAAAAAGGAUUUGAACUUCCAGAAGAGCCUUUUGUCAGAUGUGACUAAAGAAGCCUCAGUGAAUGUGCUUCUAGUAAACCUUCUGCAAGGAAAACUUCUCCCGUCCGCACACGUGUGGAUCACCAGCCGACCCGUCGCAGCUGGACAGCUUCCGACUGAUAUCUUCAUACAUGGGUACAUCACACAGAUCAGAGGAUUCACAGAUGAGCAAAAGCAGGAGUACUUCGGGAAGCAAUUUAUGAAUCCAGAGCAAAGAAAAGAAGUCAUCCGUCACCUAAAGUCUCAAAAGAGCCUGUGGAUAUUGUGCCACAUCCCUCUGUUUUGCUGGAUUUCAUCGGUUGUUCUUAAAGACAUCAUUGAAAAACAAAAUAAAGAUAGAAACAUGCCCUCAAAUCUGACAGAAAUGUACAUCCACUAUCUGCUCAUUCAGACUGGACUGAGCCACAAGAAAUAUCAAGGGAUAGAGCUGUCCCAAGAAAACGCUCUCCAGAAACAUAAAAUGGAGCUGUCACACAAACAUGUUCUCCAGAAACAUAAAGAAGUGAUUAUGAAACUGGCAGAGCUGGCAUACAGGCAGCUGAAGAAACAGAAUGCCAUCUUCAGAGAAGAAGACUUAAAGAAAUAUAAUAUCUCUGUUGAUGAAGCGUCUCAGUAUCCUGGCGUCAUUACCUGCGUCUCGAAGUGCACAUUCCUGUUUUACGAGACCAAACUUUUAAGCUUUGUGCAUCUCAGUGUCCAGGAAUUCUUUGCAGCCAUGUUUGCGUUUCAAGAAAUUCUAUCAGGAAACCUAGACUCUCUGGAAUUAAUUACAGCUAAAAAGAGACAGAAGUCUAUUUUGAGUGAUUUUCUCAAAAUUUUGAUUGAUGAGGCCUUGGAAAGCAAAAACGGACACUUGGACCUUUUUAACUGUUUUGUCUUUGGGAUUUCUUGUGAUUCCAGCAGACAGUUACUUGAAGGAUUCCUGCCUCUAAUCAGGAGAAGUUCAGAUGAUCACAGAAAGGUGGCCACGUACAUUAAGUCUUUAAAGAGGAAAGGUCUGUCUUCUGAGAGAUGCAUCGGUCUUGUUCGUUGCCUGGUGGAGCUCAAGGACAGGUCAUUUUUGCAAGAAAUGCAUCAGCUUGAACGCUCACAGUCCAAAAAGCCCCUCACUCCGUUCCAGUGCACGCUUCUGGCGUACCAGUUUGUGAUGUCCGAUACGAAACACGAUGAGUUUGACCUCAGGAAAUACAACAUCACCUUAGACGGGUUUCAGAGGUUCUCCCCAGCCAUCACGUGCUUCACAAAGGCUCUGCUCAAAGGAAGCAGCUUGUCAGAGCAGCACUGUGAGAUCCUGAGGCGUUACCUGACAUCACCAAACUCUCACCUGACUCAUCUCGAUCUGAGCCACAAUGGUCUGGGUCGGUCCGCACUGAAGAAGCUUUCCACGGCGCUCUGUGACCUCAACUGCCAGAUUGAGAUUCUGAACCUCAGUCACAAUAACUUCCAGAGUCAGGACAUGGAGCUGAUCAGGGAUGUGCUUUCAGGACCAAAUGUGAAUCUGAGAGUCCUGGACCUCAGCGACAAUCCUCUACAGGAUCCAGGAGUGGAUAUUCUCUCAGCUGGACUGAAGAGCCCUAACUGUCAUCUUGAAGUUCUGAAGCUUUCGGGCUGUCAGAUUAAAGAAGGAGUUUAUCAGCUGGUGUCGUCUUUAAAAGACCAUUUAUAUCUGAGAGAGCUGGACCUGCGCUAUAAUGAUCUUGAAAACAUCGGAGAGGAGAAUCUACAGCAUGAGCUGCUCUCACAGAGUAUUUCCACUGGAGGAGAAUGCAGUCACCAACCAGGCCUGGAUAAAUAUUUCGUAGCGUUGACCUUUGACCCUCAGACGGUUAAUGAACACCUCUAUCUGAGCGAGAACAACACUAAAGUCACUCGUCAGAAAGAGAAACAGCAUCUUCCUGCUAAUGACGAGAGAUUCGACAAGUGCAACCAGGUCCUGAGCCGCCAGCCGCUGAUUGGACGCCGCUUCUUUACGGCGGAUGUGAUUGGUCCAGACGUGCAUGUGGGCGUGGCCUGUGAGGGAAUAAAGAGGAAGGGAGCGAGUGACGUCGUAUGUCUGGGACACAAUGACAUGUCGUGGAGUUUAUGUUUGUCAGAUAAUGUAUGUGUGGCUCAUCACAACAAUAAAACUGUGUCAAUUCACUCAGAGUCCGUCAGAAAGCUUGGUGUGUUUGUGGACCGGGACGCUGGUUCUGUUUGCUUCUAUAUGUUGAGUCCACAGCAUAAACUCUUGUACGUGUUUGAUGCAGAUUUUCCUGAAGAUCAGGAGCUUUACGCUGCGUUCAGGAUUCAGGAGCCAAACAGUGAAGUCGUUCUCACGCAAGAAUCUCUAUAAAUGUGUGUACAGUUACUGUCUGAUUGAUUCCUCGGAUCCGGAGAGAUGAGUGUGUUCAGAUUUACGAUAUUAACCCGAUGGACCUGAUGAAAACAACCACCAAAAACCAGCAGCAAUCAUGAACACUGAGCCUCUGAUAGUCCAGCAGAUCUGAACCAGAACUGAGUGACUAGAGAUCAGGGUUUGUCUUGAGUUGUGUAUAUUUCUGAGUAACUGAGUUAACUUGGAUUAAUUGGCUCUAAUGUUUAUGGGACUGAUUCUAUAAUAUCCUGUAAUCAAUGAACUCUCAGUUAAGACUGUAAAACUAUUAUUUGGGUAAAGUACCAUUGUUCAUUUUUACAAACAAUUUCAGUUAAGAUGUUUAUGAUUCAGUGGUAAUAUUGUAUUAAAACAAAAGUGACUAAACUUAAGCAU